CUAUCCAAGCCAUAUAUCACUGAAAUCACAACGGUUACUCUUCUCCACAAUACGCACCAUGGCAGCUGCACGGCAGCUCCUACACCUCCACUCUGCAUGCUGCUGCCACAGAUCACAACAACAAUCCUCCAUUUUUUCGCGAAGUCGGAGCUCCACCGGUGCUUUUUCUCUCAGUAAGACUGGACCAACGAGACUGGUUUGGCGAGCUUCCUUGCGCACUGCCCCUCCGAAGGCCUUGCCGGUGACGGAUGGCACGGGCCAGGCCGCCGAUGAUGAUGAUGAUGGAGUUUCUUUGGGGACCAUGAAGCUGCCUCCAAACACCGAUAUUGCCCGGUUUGAGACCCUACUCUUUCAGUGGGCUAAUAGUCUGUGCCAAGGAGCCAAUCUACCACUUCCAGUCCCUCUCAAGGUGGACAAAGUGGAAGGAGGAGCCAGAUUGGGAUUCAUAAAUGUUGAUGAUGGAAAGACCGAAGUUUGCGUGUACAUAGACUGCCUGGUUUUUCCAGCAACAGAUGACUCCGGUCCACUCUUUCGAGCCAGCAGGAAUGGGCCAAUGAAAGAUCGAGCACCUCCAGGGGAGCAAAGAAUCAUGAGAAGCCUUCUCCAAGCCCUCCAAAAAUCAGUUCAGAUUGCAAGUAUUUAAGAAUAUGAAGGUCUCCCCCUUGGAAAAUUGUUCUCCCUCUACAAUGUUGAAGAUUUAUAUGUAUAUAUUUUACUUGUUGUUUCUUGAUGGGUAAUUUGUUCAAGUUACAUUUGUACCUGAUUUAUUAGCAAGGAUCUUCCAAACUAUUGCAUACA